UAGAAUCUGUUCCCUUCACACAGAUGCUGUGUGGUCGAUUACACAUUGAACUGAUUUCAGAAUUAGAUGCUCUUGUGGAAUUAAGGAGAUCUUCGCCUUUUCUUUUUACAGAAUCUAUUUUGGGAUCUUGCUGAUGUAUGUGUGUGUGUGUAUGUGUUUUUUUGUUUUUGCAUGCAUAUAUUCUCCGCUUUAAUUGUCCUUUCCACGUCAUAAUGGAGCACAUCUGGAGACUCCAAAUAAGAACUCAGGCGUGAGCCUUUCCCUUCUUCAUAUUGGGACAUUAUUCUAAGAGGAGAAAACACAGUCCACACCCUCGCACACACACACACGAUCGCAGUGUGGCACGCAUUGAGGAAUUGUCUUCAACCUCCCUGGCUGCUAGCUCGUUUGAAGCUGCUGUUGUCAGACCAAAUUAAAUCCGCGCUGCCGAUGUUUGGUAGUGACCUUGGCUUCACCGAUCGGCGUUUCAAUAUUUCAUUCUGCAUUCUUGUAGUUCACAUCCAUGGCAUCAUCGAAUGAAACAGAAAACUGUGUGCUGCAUCGCGGACGAUCUCAGAGCGACCCAAACAUCCUCACGGAGACUGGAGUUGAUCAGGUACAGAACACAGAUCUGAUGGACCAGCAGAAGGCGCUACACUCUGGCUGCUUGAUGUCGGGGGUGCGGACCCCCCCGAUCCGUCGCAACAGCAAACUGGCCACGCUGGGGCGCAUCUUCAAACCCUGGAAAUGGAGGAAAAAGAAAAACGACAAGCUGAAACAGAACUCCUCGGCACUGGAGAGGAAGGUGGCAGCACGGCAGAGCCGGGAUGAGCUGGUGCGGAAAGGACUGGCGGAGAUGAUGGAACAAGACUCGGACGGAAGGGACCAGGAUCUGGCUUGUGGGGUGACCCCCGGAGACCCCAACACUCCCUCACAGGGGCCCUCGGACGCUGAGGAAGAGGAGGAGGUGGGGGAGGAGGAGGGGCAGGAGGAGGGCAUGGACCCCCUGGUCAACCUCAACACUCUGGAGGACAUGGGCUCAGAUAAGGAGGUCACCUCCACAGCAAGAGACUCAACAGACAGUGAGACUGUGGGGGAGCUGAGCACCAACUCUGAGGAUGAGCCCUCGCUGCCUUCCCCUGCCUACGACUCCCCUGAGAACCAGGAGGAGGGGGACCCCCCCACAAGACACCCCAGCCCCCCUCCCGCACCUGGCCUGCCCUCCAAACUCCUGCACAAGCUGGGGGGCACGGAAGGUUCCCAUUCUGAAUCGGAAGGGGAGAAUCCCUUGUCUCCCGUCCUGAGCAAUUCCAUCCAUCCCAAAGAGCCGGGCUCCGCUGUGAUUGGUUCGGAGCAGCAGCCGACCGGCCCCCUGCGAGGGCAGCUUGCCACGCCCCCCACUGGGUCUCCUCACAUGGGCAUCGUCCACCCACCGCUUCCCCCCAGCUGCAUCAUCGAGGAACUGCACCGGGCCCUGGCCACCAAGCACCGGCAGGACAGUUUCCUCAGGAAGGAGAUGAGGCCAUCGCCGAAGAGGAGGUCGGAGGGUCGGCUGUCACACACCUCCAGCACAGAGAGGGAGCCGGCGGGGGGUGCAGGGGUCCCCGAGAGCAAGCAGGGUGCGGGGAAGGACUCGGACGAGAACAAAGAGAACGUGAGAGUGGGCGAGUGUUGGACCGAUGCCUCCGGGCUGCCCCAGGACCAGGACAGCUGGAACGACUCUGUCAUCUCGGGCACGCUGCCCCGGAAGGUGCACAAGGAGCUGCUGACAGUGAAGCUGCGGAACCGGCCCAGCAAGCAGGAGCUGGAGGAUCGCAACAUCUUCCCAGUGCGCAGCGAUGAGGAGCGGCAAGAGAUCCGGCAACAGAUCGAGAUGAAGCUCGCCAAGAGGCUAAGCCAGCGGCCGGCAGUGGAGGAACUGGAAAGCCGAAAUAUCUUAAAACAGAGGAAUGACCAGAUAGAACAAGAGGAAAGGAGAGAAAUCAAACAGAGGCUGAACAGAAAGCUCAACCAGCGGCCCACAGUUGAUGAGCUGCGGGAUCGGAAAAUCCUCAUCCGCUUUAGCGAUUACGUGGAGGUGGCCAAAGCCCAGGAUUACGACAGGCGGGCAGACAAGCCCUGGACGCGGCUCUCUGCAGCAGACAAGGCGGCGAUUCGGAAAGAGCUGAACGAGUACAAAAGCAACGAGAUGCAAGUGCACGCGUCGAGCAAACACUUGACAAGGUUUCACAGACCGUAGAAAGAUUUCUUCUAUGAAGAAUUUUCCUAAACCCGGUUGUUACUGAAGACCUUGAAAGGAUUCUUCCAAUGUCCCUAGCCAGAUAACCUGGUAUCCUUUCUGACAUUUAGGUGCUGUAAACCUUGGGGGCCAUGCCUCUUCAGUGGGCACUGCUGGCGGGCGUGGUGUGGCGCAGCUCGCACAGGGGACACUUAACAGUUCCGCAAGACGCUUCCGAUGAUGUUCAAGAGAGGGGAAGAGAAUGGAGAUCCAUUUGCUGUUCGUUUCCAAGGCUCUUUACAGACUGUUGGAAGGCAGCCUAUCGAUACAAAGGGGGAGUUGUGCAUGUGACCAUCUUAACCUUUCCUUUACCACAUUACCAGUCACAACUCGUGGAUCGUGGGCUCACUGAUCUGGAGCAAUCUCAUAUUAACUGUGUAAAUAUCAAUCUAAUGGGAAUCCGUGUCUUAUCACAAAAAUAUCCCUUUGUAAGCACUAUUUAUUGUCUUCACAAUACA